AAUUACCUCCUUCAGCAAUUCCACCAUGAAGUGUCGUUCACGGCUCCUGAUCGCUCGUCGGACUGUUCCUUUCUUCGGACUUCCGCCUCCCAAGUUUCACCACCACCAACAUUUCACCACCAACGUAUCCCCUUUCAAUCUCGAUCAGACUUCCCAAUUCCACGCCUACCCUCUUCGUUUCCUGGGCUCUCAACGCUUUUCCGGCAAUACCCAGAAAAUUUGGUUCUUGUCCAGUCCGGGAUUUGGUCGGUCUGUUGCGUUGUCAAGGCAUAUCUUUGAAUCCCGCGUCGUACCAACGGUGAGGGAUUUCUCGACGUCCGUUGAGACCCGUGUAAACGAUGCCAAAUUUGAGAAGAUCCUCGUGCAGAACGGGAUCAAUGUCAAGCCUCUGGUUGUCGAACGAAUUGACAAAGAUGAGGGAAUCGCUGGAGAAGCUGAUGCCAGGGUUGAAGUCGCUUCUAAUGACAAGGAUGUGAAAAAGGAGGAUCUUGAGGGGGUUAAUGGAAUAAGCGUUACUGAGAGCGGUGACAAGAGGAAGCAGAGUGAAAUUGAGAAGGAGGCGUGGAGGUUGUUGGAGAACGCAGUGGUGAUGUAUUGUGGGUCGCCGGUGGGUACGGUGGCCGCAAAUGAUCCCGGAGAUAAACAGCCAUUGAACUAUGAUCAGGUGUUUAUUCGUGAUUUUGUGCCCUCGGCUUUGGCGUUCUUGUUUAGAGGAGAAGGAGAGGUUGUGAGGAAUUUCCUCCUUCACACACUGCAGUUGCAGAGUUGGGAGAGAACUGUGGACUGUUAUAGUCCUGGACAGGGGUUAAUGCCUGCAAGUUUCAAGGUUAGAUCUGUGCCUCUUGAUGAUAAUAAGUUUGAGGAAGUGCUAGAUCCAGAUUUUGGCGAAUCAGCUAUUGGCCGUGUUGCUCCUGUGGAUUCUGGAUUGUGGUGGAUUAUUUUGUUGAGGGCAUACGGGAAGAUCACUGGUGACUAUACCUUGCAAGAGAGGGUGGAUGUUCAGACAGGCAUAAAAUUGAUCAUGAACUUGUGUUUGUCUGAUGGAUUUGAUAUGUUCCCUUCUCUGCUUGUCACUGAUGGGUCCUGCAUGAUAGAUCGGCGGAUGGGUAUUCAUGGUCACCCCCUUGAGAUCCAAGCUUUAUUUUACUCCGCUCUACGGUGCUCCCGUGAGAUGCUUGAUGUGAAUGAUGGAUCACAGAAUUUAGUGAGGGCCAUCAAUAAUAGACUCAGUGCACUGUCAUUCCACAUCAGAGAAUAUUAUUGGGUUGACAUGAAAAAGAUUAAUGAGAUUUACCGCUAUAAAACAGAAGAGUACUCCAUGGAUGCUACCAACAAGUUCAAUAUCUAUCCUGAACAAAUUCCUUCAUGGCUUAUGGAUUGGAUACCAGAAGAAGGUGGGUAUCUAAUUGGCAAUCUACAGCCAGCUCACAUGGAUUUUAGGUUUUUCACACUUGGAAACCUUUGGUCCAUUGUUUCAUCUUUGGGGACUCCUAAACAGAAUGGUGCUAUUUUGAACCUGAUUGAAGCCAAAUGGGAUGAUAUUAUCGGGCAUAUGCCUCUUAAGAUAUGUUAUCCUGCAUUGGAGUAUGAGGAGUGGCGAAUAAUCACUGGCAGUGAUCCAAAGAAUACGCCUUGGUCAUAUCAUAAUGGUGGAUCUUGGCCAACACUCCUUUGGCAGUUCACGUUGGCAUGCAUCAAGAUGGGCAGAAUAGAACUUGCCCAAAAGGCGGUUGCUUUGGCUGAAAAGAGGCUUCAAAUAGACCGUUGGCCUGAAUACUAUGACACCCCAACUGGAAAAUUUAUUGGAAAGCAAUCACGACUCUACCAAACAUGGACUAUUGCUGGUUUCCUGACCUCUAAAAUGCUCAUAGAGAAACCAGAGUUGGCAUCUCUGUUGUUCCUGGAAGAGGAUUAUGAUCUCCUUGAGAUCUGCGUUUGUGGACUUAGCAAGGGUGGAAGGAAGAAAUGUUCCCGUGGUGCAGCCAAGUCUCAGAUUCUUGUCUAAUAGAGAAGAGAACCAUUCUUUGGGAGGCAGAAAGCCUUUGUCAUGUACAGCCAGAAGCUUAGCUUGGGGCAAUCAGAUGAAAAGCAAUUUUUCAAAUCUUAGUGUGUAAUAUACAAGAUGUAUGUCACAGCUGUGUACCAACAUAAUCAUAAGUUAUAUCCAAUCAAAUUUUAAAUAGCUAGCAAUUGGAGUUUUGGAUGACUAGGAGUGAAGGAGCUCAUACCAUAUUAUGGCUUCGCCCCAGGGUCAUGUAACUGUAAUGUCAUUUUGCGGUGAAGUGAUGCAAUAUACUAAAUUCUUCUGU